UUAAUGUACAGGCAAUAUUUUUAACACUCGUUUCACCUUCUUAUAUAAUUACUAUGUUUCUUUAAUCUAGAAUUCUGCUUCCUUUCCAAGAUCGGAUAGCACAGCCGAAGUUAUAGGAAGAUAUCAUCAUGCAGAUUUUUGUAAAAACGCUUACAGGGAAGACCAUCACCCUUGAGGUAGAAGGUUCUGAUACCAUUGAAAAUGUCAAGGCAAAAAUUCAAGAUAAAGAGGGAAUUCCACCCGACCAACAACGAUUGAUUUUUGCUGGCAAACAAUUGGAGGAUGGCAGAACUUUAUCAGAUUACAAUAUUCAGAAAGAAUCUACUUUGCAUUUGGUUUUGCGUUUACGAGGUGGAGCAAAGAAACGUAAGAAGAAGAAUUACUCAACGCCUAAAAAAAUUAAGCACAAGAAGAAGAAGGUCAAGCUUGCCGUAUUAAAAUUUUACAAGGUCGAUGAAAAUGGAAAGAUCCAUCGGCUAAGACGUGAAUGUCCUAUGGAACAAUGUGGCGCUGGUGUUUUCAUGGCAGCCAUGGAAGACCGUCACUAUUGUGGUAAAUGUGGAUACACUCUUGUAUUUAAUAAACCAGAAGAUAAAUAAAUAAAAAAUAUGUAUGCAAUUUAUUUGAUUAAAGAGUCUUCUUAAAUA